AUGGCGAUGGCCCGCUUGAGGCCUUGGCUUCUCGGAACCGAAUUCCCUGUGCCUGGCUGGCCGUGUCUGUGCCCAUCUCACUGUCCUCGCCUUGCCUCGCCCAACGGCAUUGCACCUGAAGGCGAAGCCUGCGCCACCAUCUGGCGGGGCCUCAGCUCCAAUGCCACGCGGGACGCGCAGGGCGAUGACGGCAGCUGCGAGGAGCUGAGCGAUGCGUGUAAGAAGGACCUCGAGGCGGCCGGUGCGUGUAGCGGCGAUGUCGAAGUGCCCAGCAGCUGCGAGGACUGGAUCUCGACUGAUGUCUCCAGCUGGGCGUUCCGCGUCCCCAAGAACAUCACGGAGACGGGUCGUUUCUUCGCCCACGCCAGCGGUGCCGAGGCCGAGGGCUCUGAUGCCGCGCAGGAAGCCUAUGCCGUGGCCGUGACAAACGUCUGGCCUGUGGUGCUCAAGUGGGGCGACGACUCGACUGCGCUGCGCUGCGUGCGCGCCUCGAGUGUCGUGCAGGGCAGCGAUGAUCCCGAUGAGGUCCCUGAUCGUGAUGCAACCGACGGCGGCAGCGACAACGGCGGCGACGAGAACAGCAACGGCGGAAGCAACAACAACAACAACAACGACGACAAUGCCGCCGGCACCCUCCGGACUGGGAUCGUCGGGGGCCUGGGCGCAGUGGCGGCAGCGUUGAUGCUGAGCGUGUAA